AUGGCGAGCGAGUUCGAGGAGGAUCAGAGGAUGGAAGACGGAGGAGGAGUGGAGCUGAGGAGUGAAGUGAUGGGGUUGAAGUGUGUCCUCAAGCAAGAAAAGAAGGACCAUGUUCUAGACACUCCACUUCCAGAUGAGCCUGAUGAAGAUGCGACGGUCGCUGUCAUGAAUGCCCACCGUAAGGCUAGAGAUGAGUUUACGGAAAUUAGCUGUCUUAUGCUUGCACACAUGGAACCAGACUUGCAGCAGCAGUUCGAGAAUGUUGAGGCCUACGAUAUGAUCGAAAGCCUCAAAAGUAUGUUCCAAGCUCAAGCAAAGACCGAGAGGUAUCAAUCUUUGGAUAGGCUGGGUUUUCCCAUAAGCGAUGAGUUCGCUACAGAUAUAGUUCUGAACUCUCUUCCUAGUGCAUAUGCUCCGUUCAUCUCGAACUAUCACAUGCAUGGUAUGGAUAAGAAGCUCACUGAACUACAUGGGAUGCUCAAGACAGCAGAGGCUGACCUCAAGAAAGGCACCAGUCAAAUGUUGAUGGUGCAGAAUAAGGCUAAGUUCAAGAAGGGUUCUUGGACUAAGAAGAAGAAGGCUAAGUCAGGAGGCAAAACUCAGGACUCUGUCCCGAGUGCUGCCUCAGGGGCUAAGCCGUCUCCUGCAACUGGAUCCACUUGCUUUUAUUGCAAGACGGAUGGGCACUGGAAGAGGAACUGCAGCAAGUUUUUGGCUGACAAAGCCAAGAGUGGAAGUGGGACUUCUAACUCAGGGGCUGGUAAGAACUAGGAGCGUGGCAAGAGGCGAGGUUGAUAUUCAAG